AUAUUUAGGUAGGUACGACUUGUGAGUGUAUUCGAACUUAUAUUUUAUAUUUAUUUCUUAAUAUAGUAGAAUAUAAAUGUAGCUAAAUGUGUUCAUUUAUGUGAUUUAACGUUGAAACAUAACCAUGCCGCCAACAGUUCAAACUAAUGAGCCCGAGCGAGAGAAGCGUCCGCAAAGGACUGGUGAAAGACGAUCAGAACUAGUAACACGUGUGAAAUAUUGCAACACCUUACCCGAUAUUCCAUUCGACUUGAAGUUUAUUACGUAUCCAUUUCCAUCGACGCGUUUCAUACAAUACAACCCGACCUCUUUGGAGAAAAAUUACCGAUAUGAAGUGUUGACAGAGCACGACUUAGGUGUCCAUAUAGAUUUGAUAAACCGAGAUAUGUAUCAAGGGGAUGGAAAUGCACAGCUGGAUCCCGCAGAUGAGAAGCUUCUUGAAGACGAUGUCCUCACGCCACAAGACUCCAAGCGAUCACGACAUCAUGCGAAAAGCGUGUCUUGGUUGCGCCGCUCAGAGUAUAUAUCCACUGAACAGACUAGGUUUCAGCCACAGUCUAUGGAAAAGGUUGAAGCCAAAGUGGGUUACAAUGUCAAGAAAAUAUUCAGCGAGGAAACUCUAUACAUGGACAGAGACAGCCAAAUUAAGGCUAUUGAGAAGACCUUUGAAGACAACAAGAUUCCAGUUGAGAAGCAUUACAGCAAACCUGGUGUGACCCCAGUCGAAGUUAUGUCUGUGUUCCCUGACUUUGAAAUGUGGAAGUAUCCAUGCGCUCAGGUCAUAUUUGAUUCAGACCCUGCACCUUCUGAUAAGAAUAUGGCUGGGCAGAUUGAAGCAAUGUCACAAGCUAUGAUAAGGGGUGUGAUGGACGAGAGCGGUGAACAGUUUGUAGCAUACUGCCUCCCCACUGAGGAUACAAUACAGAAGAGACGACGAGACAUUGCUGAGGGCAUACCCUACAUGGAUGAAGAUACCUAUGAGUAUAAGAUGGCUAGGGAGUACAAUUGGAACGUGAAGAGCAAAGCCUCAAAGGGCUACGAGGAGAAUUACUUCUUGGUGGUUCGCAAUCACUGCAUUUAUUACAACGAGUUGGAGACCAGAGUACGUCUGUCCAAGAGAAGGGCACGGGCAGGCGUAGCGGCGCAGGCUUUGACGAGGCUGGUGGUCACGCACAGACCACUAGGCGCGGCCGAACACCGCAUGCUACGGCUGAGGGAAAAGCAGCUCGAACCACCACAGGAGGAUGAGGAAGAAGAAGAACCCGAAGAAGAAGAAGAAGAAGAGGAAGAUAAACAAGAGCAGAAUGGGGAAAAAGAGAGGUCGCGAUCCCGUUCGAAAUCGGGAACAAAAUCUCCACAAGGGUCGGAGAAAUCCAAAGGGUCACACAGGUCGAGGUCAAAGUCAAAGUCCAAGUCUAAGUCAAAAUCGAGAAGUCGCUCGCGAUCUGGAUCGGGUUCCAGGAAGUCGAGAUCACGUUCCGGAUCCGCACAAUCUGGAUCCGUGAGAUCCGGUUCGGCACGGUCCCGGUCCGGCUCGGCCCGGUCGCGUUCCGGAUCGCGCUCGUCGCGAGCCAGUUCGAAGAGUAAAGGCUCUCGCGCUAGCUCUGCCAGUGGACGAGUUUCUAGAGCCAGUUCUAAAGGAAGCAAUAAGGGCUCCAAACCGUCUUCCAAAGCCAGUUCGCGCGCCUCAUCGCGUAGGUCUUCCCGGGCGUCCUCGCGAGCCUCCUCUAAGGGCUCCGGGUCCAAAGCUUCUUCCAGGGCCAGCUCCCGGCGGAACUCGGGCUCCGGCAGCGGUUCCGAGCGCUCGCGGAGCCGAUCGCGCAGUGGAUCCAAACAAGGUUCCCGUAGUGGUUCCGCAUCCAGCGCGUCGUCGAAGCACAGCGGUUCAGACUAAUACAAUAAAAGAAUUAAUAUGUGAUGUCUUGAAUAAAAUUAUUGUUAUAC